AAGAAGAAGCAGACCGAGUAACUAGCGAGUUCGGACGCCAGAGGGAGAGAGAGGAAAGGGUAAAGAUUCACCUGUGGUGUGUGCCGGAUGUGUUGCUUUAUCUGCGGAGCCUAGGGGCGCCGUCUGUGACUAUGUGAUGCUGUAAUUUUUUUAAUGAUAAAUAAAGAACAACAGGCCCUCCGUCAAAUUCAAAAAUAAUAGAAUAAAAUUUCAGCUUGCGCCGUCCUAUCAUCAUCAUCAUCAAUAAUUCAACAUGGCGAGCGCAAAUCUUCCAGAAAGCUUGGUGGAAGACAUCCUGUCAAGGCUUCCCGUGAAAUCUCUGAAGCGAUUCACGUGUGUAAACAAGUCAUGGUCUACUCUUUUCCAAAACCCAGGUUUCAUUGCCAAACACCACCGUCAUUUUUCUCAAAAAAACCCAACUCUUCUUGUCAGUCAUCGAGAACUUAUCACCAAAAACACUGUCUUGUCUUCGCACCCUGUUUCUAAUGAUAAUGGCAGUCUUGAUCUCAAUCUGGAAACCCCUUUUUUCAAUGAUGACAUGCAGGAACUGAACAUAUUGGGUGCCUGCAUCAACGGGGUAAUUUGCCUCUACGAUCGUCCCUUUCUGAUUUCUAAUCAACAUCCCAAUGAUGAUCUCUACCGCAUAGCCUUAUGGAAUCCAGCAAUCAGAGAAUUCAAGGUCCUUCCCACACGUCAUGUUCAUUGUCCAUCUCACGUGGACUACACAUAUGAAGGUUUUGGAUUUGGUUAUGAUCACAAAUCUAACGACUUCAAGGUGGUUAGAAUCGUCUCAUUUUGGGAUGAUUCAAUUGUAGGACCAGACCGUCCUCCUCUAGUUGAGGUUUACACACUAAGUACUGAUUCUUGGAGGCAGAUUGACACCGUUUUAGAUGCUUCAAUCUUAAGUGAUCCUUGUAAAUCUGAAAUAUACUUGAAUGGAGCUUAUCAUUGGUUGGCUUAUCGCAGCGAGCAACCUUGGCCACACGGUGAUACUGAGCUUAUUAUAUCCUUUGACAUGAGCAACGAGGUUUUUCAAAUAAUAAAGAUGCCAGAGUUGGAAGAUGUUUCUGGCAUGAUUCUGAAAAAUUUUUCUGUGUUAAAUGAUUGUCUUGCUUUGAUUUUUUAUAGUGCAGAAGAGACUGUGACGGCGAAAAACUUUGAUAUAUGGAUGAUGUAUGAAUAUGGGGUCAAGGAGUCUUGGAUCAAACAAUUUGUAGUAGGACCAUUAGUUGGAAUUGAGAGGCCAUUAGGAUUUGCCAAGAAUGGUGAGCUUCUUUUGGUGGGUAACAAUGGACUGGUAGUUUUGUAUAACUUUGGUUCUGGAGAAACUAAGAAACUUGAAGUUGGAGGGCUUCCAGACUCGUUUCAUGCAUUGCAGACUAUAGCUUAUGUGGAGAGUCUAGUUUCAAUCACAAGUAGAAUUGUGUUUCAGAAUUAGAGUUCCUGGGUUCCUAAUUAUUUGUAUACCAUAGGUUUUGCCUUUUUAAUUUCAUUUUUGCAUU